AUGGCGAAGGCGACGGCCAGCGCCGUGGGGCUGCGGUUGCUGCUUCUGCUGCUGCCCCUGCUCGGCGAAGCCCCGCUGGGACUCUACUUCUCCAGGGACGCUUACUGGGAGAAGCUAUACGUGGACCAGCCGGCCGGCACGCCCCUGCUCUAUGUCCACGCCCUGCAGGACGUGCCGGAGGAGAUGCCCAGCUUCCGCCUGGGCCAGCACCUCUACGGCGCCUACCGCACGCGGCUGCACGAGAACGACUGGGUCCGCAUCCAGGAGGACACGGGGCUUCUCUACCUUAACCAGAGCCUGGACCACAGCUCCUGGGAGAAGCUCAACAUCCGCAACGGCGGCUUCCCGCUGCUUACCAUCUAUCUGCGGGUCUUCCUGUCACCCACAUCCCUUCGUGAGGGCGAGUGCCAGUGGCCAGGCUGUGCCCGAGUGUACUUCUCCAUCAUCAAUGCCUCCUUCCCGGCUUGCGGUGCCCUCAAACCCCGGGAGCUCUGCUUCCCCGAGUCAGGCCUGUCCUUCCGCAUCCGGGAGAACAGGCCCCCUGGCACCUUCCACCAGUUCCGCCUGCUGCCCGUGCAGUUCCUCUGCCCCAACGUCAGCGUGGCCUACAGGCUCCUGGGAGGUGAGAGUCUGCCUUUCCGCUGCGAUCCGGACAGCCUGGAGGUGAGCACGCGCUGGGCCCUGGACCGUGAGCAGCGGGAGAAGUAUGAGCUGGUGGCCGCGUGCACGGUUCGCAUGGGCAUGCGCGAGGAGGAGGUGAUGGUGCCCUUCCCUGUGACCGUGUACGACGAGGACGACUCUGCGCCCACCUUCCUCGGGGGCGUCGACAGUGCCAGCGCGGUGGUGGAGUUCAAGCGGAAGGAGGGCACAGUGGUAGCCAUGUUACGGGUCUUUGAUGCAGACGUGGUGCCAGCCUCCGGGGAGCUCCUGAGACGGUACACGAACACGCUGCUCUCUGGGGAUGCCAAGGCCCUCCGGACCUUCCGAGUGGAGCACAUGCCCAAUGAGACCUUGGCCCAGGUCAACGGCAGCUUUGUGCGGGCAACCGUGCAUGACUACAGGCUGGUUCUCAACCGGAGCCUCCCCAUCUCGGAGAGCUGGGCUGUGCAGCUGGCCGUGCUGGUCAACGACUCAGACUUCCAGGGCCCAGGGGAGGGUGUCGUCCUCCUCCACUUCAAUGUGUCCGUGCUGCCUGUCAGCCUGCGCCUGCCCAGUGCCUACUCCUUCUCGGUGAGCCGGCGGGCCCACCGCUUUGCCCAGAUCGGGAAAGUCUGCGUGGAAAACUGCCAGGAGUUCAGCGGCAUCCAAGUGCAGUACAGGCUGCAGCCCUCCAGCGCCAACUGCAGCGCCCUGGGGAUGGUCACCUCGGCUGAGGACAGCUCGGGGACCCUGUUCGUGAAUGACACGGAGGCCUUGCAGCGGCCUGAGUGUUCCCAGCUCCAGUACACAGUGGUGGCCACCGAGAAACCAACCCGCCAGCAAGCCCAGGCCCUGCUGCUCGUUACCGUGGAAGGGAUGUACAUGCUGGAGGAGCCUGGCUGCCCCCUGUCCUGCGCGGUCAGCAAGAGGCAGCCCGAAUGUGAGGAGUGCGGUGGCCUGGGCUCUCUGACGGGCAGGUGCGAGUGGAGACAGGGAGAUGGCAAAGGGAUAACCAGGAACUUCUCCACCUGCUCCCCCAGCAUCAGGACCUGCCCCGAUGGCCACUGUGACGCCGUGGAGAGCAGAGACCCCAACAUCUGCCCCCAGGAUUGCCUCCGGGGCGGCAGCAUCAUUGGUGGGCACGAACCUGGGGAGCGCCGGGGGAUUAAAGCUGGCUUCGGUAUCUGCAACUGCUUCCCUGAGGAGAAGAAGUGCUUCUGCGAGCCGGAGGAUAGCCAAGACGCCCUGUGUGAUGACCUCUGCCGCACAGUGAUCACGGCAGCCGUGCUCUUCUCCUUCAUUGUAUCUGUGCUGCUGUCCACCUUCUGCAUCCACCGCUACCACAAGAAUGCCCACAAGCCGCCCAUUGCCUCGGCUGAGAUGACCUUCCGUCGACCCGCCCAAGCUUUCCCUGUCAGCUACUCCUCGUCUGGCGCCCGCCGGCCCUCUCUGGACUCCAUGGAGAACCAGGUCUCGGUGGACACCUUCAAGAUCCCGGAGGAUCCCAAGUGGGAAUUCCCACGGAAGAACUUGGUGCUUGGAAAAACUCUGGGAGAAGGCGAAUUUGGAAAAGUGGUCAAGGCCACAGCCUUUCGGCUGAAAGGCAAAGCAGGGUACACGACUGUGGCUGUGAAGAUGCUGAAAGAGAAUGCCUCCCCAAGCGAGCUGCGGGACCUGCUAUCAGAGUUCAACCUCCUGAAGCAGGUCAACCACCCGCAAGUCAUCAAGCUGUAUGGGGCCUGCAGCCAGGAUGGGCCACUGCUCCUCAUCGUGGAGUAUGCCAAGUACGGCUCCCUGCGGGGCUUCCUCCGAGAGAGCCGCAAGGCCGGACCUGGCUACGUGGGCAGCGGGGGCAGCCGCAACUCCAGUUACCUGGACAACCUGGAGGAGCGGGCCCUGACCAUGGGCGACCUCAUCUCCUUUGCCUGGCAGAUCUCACGAGGGAUGCAGUACCUGGCUGAGAUGAAGCUCGUCCAUCGGGACUUGGCAGCCAGAAACGUCCUGGUAGCCGAGGGCCGCAGGAUGAAGAUCUCGGAUUUUGGUCUGUCCCGAGAUGUUUAUGAAGAGGAUUCCUACGUGAAGAGGAGCAAGGGUCGGAUCCCAGUCAAGUGGAUGGCCAUUGAGUCCCUCUUUGAUCAUAUCUACACCACCCAGAGUGAUGUGUGGUCCUUUGGUGUCCUGCUGUGGGAGAUUGUGACCCUGGGCGGCAACCCCUACCCUGGGAUUCCUCCAGAGCGGCUCUUCAACCUUCUGAAGACAGGCUACCGGAUGGAGAGGCCAGACAACUGCAGCGAGGAGAUGUACAGUCUAAUGCUGCAGUGCUGGAAGCAGGAACCAGACAAGAGGCCAGUGUUUGCCGACAUCAGCAAAGACCUGGAUAAGAUGAUGGUUAAGAGCAGAGAUUACUUGGACCUGGCCGCGUCCACCCCAUCCGACUCCCUGCUGUAUGACGACGGCCUGUCGGAGGAGGAGACACCCCUGGUGGACUGUAAUAAUGCUCCCCUCCCUCGCACCCUCCCCUCCACGUGGAUUGAAAACAAACUCUAUGGCAUGUCAGACCCGAACUGGCCUGAAGAGAGUCCUGUACCACUCACGAGAGCCGCUGGCACCAACAUUGGGUGUCCGAGAUAUGCAAAUGAUAGUGUAUAUGCUAACUGGAUGGUUUCACCCUCAGCGGCACAAUUAAUGGACGCGUUUGAUAGUUAA